UCUUCUUUACAGUUUCCUUUGGAAUUGUCACCACACCACGUUCUCUUCUCUCCUAGAGUUUAAUCAUGGCUGUAGGUAAAAAUAAGGGUUUGUCCAAAGGUGGCAAGAAGGGCGUGAAAAAGAAGGUAGUUGACCCUUUCACAAGGAAAGACUGGUAUGAUGUCAAAGCCCCAUCAAUGUUUGCCACCAGGCAAAUUGGCAAAACUCUUGUCAACAGAACACAAGGAACAAAGAUUGCUUCUGAGGGACUGAAGUACAGAGUGUUUGAAGUCUCUCUGGCUGAUCUUCAGAGCGACACCGAUGCCGAGAGAUCGUUCCGUAAGUUCCGACUGAUCGCAGAAGAUGUUCAGAGCCGUAACGUUUUGACAAACUUCCACGGAAUGGACUUGACCACUGACAAGUUGAGGAGUAUGGUCAAGAAAUGGCAGACCCUCAUUGAAGCCAAUGUGGAUGUCAAGACCACUGAUGGAUAUCUGCUGAGAGUUUUCUGCAUUGGUUUUACCAACAAGGAUCAAAUGUCACAGAGAAAAACUUGCUACGCCCAACAUACACAGGUCAGAGCCAUUAGGAAGAAGAUGGUGGAAAAAAUCAUGGAGAACGUGACCAACUCUGACUUGAAGGAAGUAGUGAACAAGCUCCUCCCUGACUCCAUUGCCAAGGACAUUGAGAAGGCUUGUCAAGGAAUCUACCCCCUCCACGAUGUUUACAUCCGAAAGGUGAAGGUGCUGAAGAAGCCAAGGUUUGACCUGAGCAAGCUGCUGGAGCUCCACGGAGAUGGCAAGGGAAGCAGUGAGGAGCCUGGGGCCAAGGUAGACAGGCCAGAGGGCUACGAACCCCCAGUACAAGAGGCUGUCUAAGUUUAACUAAUAAAACCUGUUUUAUUAGAA